UUCAGUCGUGAAGUUAACAUCAAUUAUCAAGAUUAUUUAUUUAUUUUUUGUUUUAUUUUCUUUAUUAAUUUUUCAUCAUGCGGGUUAAAAACAAGCAACCUCAUCCAUCUUUUGUGAUGGAAGUUAGUGAAGACGAAGACGAAAUUGAUUAUGUUGAACAACAAAAUGACCAUCAACCUGGCAGACAACAGGACAGUCAACAUGACAAUCAACAUGACCAUCAACAAGACCAUCAACAACAACAAUACUCUUUCGAUGAGCAAUUUAAACAGCUCUAUGAGUUGAGUGCGGACCCAAAAAGAAAGGAAUUUUUAGACGAUCUGUUUUUAUUUAUGACCAAAAGAGGUACCCCAGUUAAUCGAAUACCAAUCAUGGCCAAACAGGUUCUCGAUCUCUACGAACUCUACAGACUAGUAGUUAGUCACGGUGGCUUAGUUGAAGUUAUUAAUAGAAAGAUUUGGAGGGAAAUAACUAAAGGCUUGUGUUUGCCUUCGUCCAUAACAAGUGCUGCCUUUACAUUGCGCACUCAGUACAUGAAGUAUCUUUAUCCAUAUGAGUGUGACCGAGAAAACUUGUCGACACCAGAAGAGCUUCAACAAGCUAUUGACGGUAAUCGACGAGAAGGUCGAAGAUCAUCAAAUGGUCAAUAUUCAGAUAUGAUGGAGUCGUCCAUUGAAGCUGGAGGUUCGGGUUCCGCUUUAUGUGGUGGUACCCAAUUUAAUGGAGGACCUUCUAAUGGUAGACAGACCAACGGUGGACUUUCCUCACUUGGUAUGACUUCAACGCAACCUUUAAGUUUAGUUAAACGAAAUUCGACACCGACUCGAAGCACCUCAUCGGGUGUAGAGGAUAGUGCAUCAAAUAAUUCCCUUUCACGCAAUCCUUUGCUUGCCUUAGCCACAGCUCAAACAGUAGCACUCAAUUUGGAGCCUAAACGAGCCAUGAAUGGACGGCAGAUUGAUCUGAAUAGAGAUUUACACAAUAAUAAUCACCAAAAUGGCGCAGGUUCUUUUAAGGUUAAUGGUUCAACAGUUAGACAUGCAUCUUCACUUUCACCUUCACCUUCGCCUUCAACUUCAUCAUCUGCAUCUUCCUCGACAUCUCAUAAUCAGGUAAUAGAAAGAAAUAUUCCUGAAGUGGAAAGGAUUCUGAUAAAUGCAGGAAUGCCGGCCAUGCACGUUAAAAUAGACAAAAACGAAGGACGAGAUUCAACUGACAGUUCAUUGCGUAUAAACAUGGAAAUCAAUAAUAUGACUUACUCAGGAGUCCUAUUUCCACGCAUGAAGCAACCAUGAAACAACGAAAUAAAUUAGAUGAGAAUAAAGUUUCCAUUUCUA